AUGACUUACCCGUGCGAGUGUUCGCCGACUCAAGAGCUGGUACUCUGUUUCGACGGGACAGGAAACACGUUUGUCCCCGAUGGCUCGGAGAGUAAUAUCCUGAAGAUCUUUGGCAUGCUUGAUCGCAACAAAGAAGACCGAUAUUGCUAUUAUCAACGUAUGAGCCCGAAAUUCAUCCUUAUGCUUUCGUUCCUUAAUGAGACAAUCUUCCCAGCUGGUAUUGGAACCGAUAUCACUCCGGGCGCCUUUGCCAACGUCGCGUUUCGCAAUCUCCCCACAAACAAGAUCCUAGACCAAGCCCUAGCAGCGUCGUUCGACCGACAUGUGAUCAAGGGAUACCGGUUUUUAGCGCGGCGCUGGAUCCCCGGCAGCCGGAUCUACCUCUUCGGGUUCUCUCGCGGGGCCUACACGGCGCGGUUUCUGAACGAGAUGCUGGACUUUGUCGGGCUCAUCUCAGCAGAUAACGAGGAAACGAUCCCGUCCGUGUGGCGCGCAUUUACGCGGUGGAAGUUUGCGCGUCCCGGCCCGGAACGAGAGGAAGCAAAGCGCUGUCUGGAACUGUGCCGGACCAGAAUGUGCCGGCCGAUUGGAUACGUGCAUUUCCUCGGUCUCUUCGACACCGUGAACAGCGUCGCCGAGUUCAACCGGUCGUACGACGGCUCGGAAAACGAAGACGACGGGACGAUUCUACCGAACCCCCGCAUCCUGCGGCACGCCGUCAGCAUCGACGAACGCCGCAUCAAAUUCCAGCCCGUGAUCUUUGAAAAGAUGCGGCCGUCGCGGGGGCCCACCGCCCGGCCCGGACGCAUAAGCACCUGGGCCGGCCGUGGAGACGAGAUGAUGACGGCCAAUCUGGCCCUCAGGGGGCGAUGCGGCGACGGGAGUGCUGCGGCCGAGCCGUCGCCCAACAUGAACCCGAACUUCGAGGAGGUGUAUUUCGCGGGCGACCACAGCGAUGUCGGAGGGGGGUGGCCGCCCCUGAACGGAAACCGAUACACCGCGAGCCAGAUCCCCCUGAUGUGGAUGGUCGAGGAGGCCCAGCGGGCCGGGCUGACGUUUGACCCUAAGCAGCUGCGAGAGCUCGGGUGUUUCGAGCCCCAGGAGGAGUCGCUCCACGUAGGUGUUGUGCAGGCCGCGGAGCAGGCGCCCCUGCAUGACUCCCUGCAGUAUGAAUCCGGGAACCUGGUGGAAACGCUCUUCUGGCGUGUGCUGGAGUGUCUGCCCUUCAAGCGACCCAAAGUGGCGCCGGAUGGGGCAGUGCGCAUGUCGCGAUGGCAUACCUGGGGAACGAGACGGCCACUGCCCCCCGGGGCUAAAAUCCACGCGAGUGUCCUUCGUCGUCUGCGGAAUGACCCGAAAUACCGCCCGUAUAACUUGGGACUAGGGAACCGGCCGAAAGAGAUCGAUGCAUCCGACGAGGAGCGUGACAUUGGCAAGUGGCAACAUAUCGAGCAUGCGGGCUUCUGUGACUACUACGUGCGCAUCAAGGAUGAAAGCACAAGCACCCAAAUGAGCAGCAUGAUUGACCAGGAGGAGAGCCAUUGUUUGGAUGUUCAUUUAUCAGUGUAG